AGGCGAGGCGGAACCGGGGGGCGAUAUGGAUGAUGACGAUAGAAUCUCGAGUUUGCCCGAGAAUGUCAAGCACCAGAUUAUGUCCUUUACCAAACAUCAAGAGAGUAGCAAGGAUCACUUCGCUGUCGAAGUCGCGGCUGGAGACGUUCCAGAUAUCUGACUUCAGGGGCCGGAUCAUUGCACCGAAUGCAGAGCUCCGUUACGUCAUGAUGGGGGAGGACAGUUGGGACGGGAGGAGCGAGAGCUUCAUCAGGUUUGUUGACGGUGCUCUUGUGAAGUCCUUUGAUCAAGGUUGAAGCUCUAUACGACCGGAGACGUGGCUCCUCACGUCGAUAGAUGGUUAGCUAUGGCUUUAGACCGUCAUGUUAAGGAGCUGAGCUUCAAAAUCAUUAACAAUCAGUCCUCGCCUAAUAGGUCGAUAUAUUCGAUUCCCAGAAGGGUUUUAUCAGCUGGGUUCAUCAAAUCCUUAACGUUUGAUGGCGACAUAAUGAUUGACGGAAUAAGCGAUGUGUGCAUGCCGUCUCUGCGAUCACUCAGUUUGUUGUCUUGCCAAAUUACCGUCAGGUGCUCCAUAGACUCCUCGGUAGCUGCCCCUUGCUGGAGGAUCUUUCUCUACCCUCCUGCAAUCCAUUGUCCGUGAUCAAACUCCCAUAUCUUGAUUAUCUCAAGAGCAUGUCCGUGACUGGUUAUCUCCAUCAGCUUAAGGCUGUCAGCAUCCAAGCACCAGCCUUGGAAAGGCUUCGCUUGAAUUGCUAUUUCCUGCAGGACCAAGGCAUAAGUUUAGUAGUUCGUGAAAGUCCGAAUCUCAGGUCCUUAGAGCUCCGAGGCGUCUUCCAGACCAAUGAGUGGUUCUCUCGGUUCCUUUCCAUGUUCCCUGGAUUCAGUUUAUGGAAAAGAAUCUGGAUUUUGAAUCCGCUAUUGAAGAAGAUCACAGUAGUGAAUUGUGAUAACUUGGAGGAGAUCAGAAUCGAAACCCCGAAGUUGUUGUCCUUCUUGUUUGAAGCGUGCUGCAGUGCUGAACAUGCGACACUGCCCUCCAUAUGGGCAGAGAGUCCUCUGGCUGUUGUGUGGUCGAAUUCACAUUUUCUUUCUCACAAGGUCCAAUUGUUGGCCGGUUCCAGAAGCUCCAGGACAUCCUCUCCGGAUGGUCUACUACAUUUAGAUGCUCGGAAUCAUCCUAUAUCUUCACGAGAUGGUAGAGGUAGUCGUCUUGGUCAAAGGGGUGAACAAGAAAUCGGUUUUAUCAGAGCCAGGGACACUGCUUUUGAAAGUCAUGUUUAAGCCAUCCGGGAGGAGCUGCUAUUCCGUGGCUCUAGAUGGCUUGCUUUGGGCUUGCCGUCCUACAACUGUUUUUCUCACAGCAUCAUAUCCAUUCGUAAAGCAAUUUUCUUGCCCUUUUAGUUUAUCUGCACGGCACUGGCAAACGGAGAAGAAGAUGCCGAGUGCAGUCAAGGCGAUGUCAACUGUUGGAAGCACGAAGAUAAAGGCUUAACGAUCGAAAGAGUUGAGGGCCUCCAACAUCCCAGACCCUUAGAUGGGAGCAUCUUUUCCAGUUGGGCGCGUAAGCUCAGAUUCGAUGCUGGCAAUGAAGUUUGUUUAAGAUUGCAAUGUUGAGAAUAGCCAUGGGAUCGAUCAUGCUGGAAUAACCGUGUCUUUCUAUGUCCAGUGUACACAUUUGCAGCUGCUCUGCUAAGUUCAGAACACAAACAGUUUUUUAGUAUGUCUGACGGGCUUUAGUAUGGCAAAUUUGGAUGAAUAAAAACCGCUUCUCCGUACUCAAUUUCUGCAAAACUGGUCGAUUGAAGAACAGCUAAUGCAUCCUGUCUCAAAUUAUUAUCAGAUUGCACCAUUAAAACUAAUUUCGAUACAUAUGGUAUACCGAGCUUGGGAUCUGGUUUUCUGGAAAAAAAAAAAAAAGUUCGCUUAUUCUUGAUCCCUUCUGCAA